CGAGCCCAUUUCCCAGGAAGCCGAGCGGCCACGCCGGAGCGCGCGCGUGCGCUCUGGCGCCUCUGGGUCCCCCGCUUGGCUUUGACCUCCCUCCGCCCGGGGAAAGAUGGCCGCCCCAGCCGCGUCCGGGCUGUCCCGACAGGUGCGGAGCUUCAGCACAUCCGUGGUCAGGCCCUUCGCCAAGCUCGUGAGGCCGCCCGUGCAGAUCUACGGCAUCGAGGGUCGCUAUGCCACUGCGCUCUACUCUGCGGCAGCCAAGCAAAACAAGCUGGACCAGGUGGAAAAGGAGCUGCAGCGCGUGGGGCAACUCCUGAAGGACCCCAAGGUGUCUCUUGCCGUCCUGAAUCCCUACAUCAAGCGCUCCAUCAAAGUGAAAAGCCUGAGUGACAUCACAGCCAAGGAGAAGUUUUCUCCGCUGACGGCCAACCUCAUGAAUUUACUUGCUGAAAACGGUCGCCUAAGCAAUACCCAGGGCGUCAUCUCUGCGUUUUCCACCAUCAUGAGUGUCCACCGUGGAGAAGUGCCUUGCAUGGUGACCACAGCGUCUGCUUUAGAUGAAGCUGUUCUCUCUGAGUUAAAAACAGUGCUGAAGAGCUUCCUGAGUCAAGGCCAAGUGUUGAAACUGGAGGUUAAGACUGAUCCAUCAAUCAUGGGUGGGAUGAUUGUCCGAAUUGGGGAGAAAUACGCCGAUAUGUCCACAAAGGCCAAGAUUCAGAAACUCAGCAAGGCCAUGCGGGACUUGGUCUAAAGUCUGUGUCACCUGUGAGGGCUCUGCUCUGAGUCUGUCACCUAUGCAGGCUCUGGAGCGACAAUAAAACACUUGAUAAACA